AUGGCAUUCGUUUUGGUCGCCGUUAAGCUGCCGUCUAGGGACGGGGCCUUCACCAACUGCGCCUACGUCAAUCCACGAGUGUAUGCCGCGCUCCGACAGACAGCAACCUCAUCGGGCGAUGUGACCGGCAAUGCCAUCCUCUGCGAGGUGAAGAAUCUCGUCGUUUCGGUCAUGCCCGAUGGACUGCUUCAGGAGAACGAAAUCGGCCUGAACACGUGCCACCGAGAGAGCGCCAGAAUCCAACUGCGAGAUGAGGUCACGCUGCGCCCGUUCCAACUCCCUCGCGACCGCGAGCACGCGUAUCAGAUCGGAGUGAUGCAAAUCGAGGUCUCUACUUACCUCAAGCCAGAAUCACGCAUUGUCCUCCAUGACGAUAAGCUGGAAGAAGAAUUCCGCGCGGCCUUCUGCCGCCAAAUGUUCACCCAGCACCAAUGCGUGGCGCUGAAGCUCGACGAGAAGCAGGCUCUCAAGAUGACCGUCAAGGAGAUGCUGCCGUUCGAGGGCGCCGGCAGAGAAAACCCCAGGCUGCUUGGCCGCGGGCAGCUGACUGACAAGACGCAGGUGAUUUUCGUGGGCGCCGACGACGGUCGCGUGUGCGUACAGAGUCGGCGCAUGCUGCAGAGAAACAUUUUGACUCCGGAUUUCAACUUCGAGGAGCUGGGCAUUGGCGGCCUCGACAAGGAAUUCAACGACAUCUUCCGCAGGGCCUUCGCCUCGCGAAUCUUCCCUCCGGCUGUCGUCCAAGAAAUGGGCAUCAAACACGUCCGCGGGAUGCUUCUAUACGGUCCUCCAGGCACGGGGAAGACGUUGAUCGCGCGGCAGAUUGGAAAAAGUCUUCGCGCGCGCGAACCCAUCAUCGUGAACGGCCCAGAAAUCCUCAACAAAUACGUCGGGCAGUCUGAAGAAAACAUCCGCAAUCUGUUCAAAGCGGCGGAGGACGAAUACAGAAAGCUGGGAGACAACUCGUCGCUGCACAUCAUCAUUUUCGACGAAAUCGACGCCAUCUGCAAGCAGCGAGGUUCCAAUCCUUCUUCGGCGGGCGUGAACGACAGCAUCGUCAACCAGCUUCUGUCCAAGAUUGAUGGCGUUGAGGCUCUCAACAACAUCCUGCUGAUUGGCAUGACAAACCGACGGGAUUUGAUUGAUGAGGCUCUGCUUCGACCUGGACGCUUGGAGGUUCACAUCGAGAUUGGCUUGCCAGACGACUCGGGGCGCAUCCAGAUCCUCAGCAUCCACACGAAGCAAAUGCGAGAGAGCGGGCGUCUCGAUAAGGACGUCGACUUGGCGCUGCUUGCAGCGGAGACGAAGAAUUUCUCAGGCGCUGAGAUCGAAGGUCUCGUGCGCAGUGCCGCUUCCUACGCAUUCCAGCGUAAUGUCAAUGUGAAAGAUCUUUCGAAACCGACCGAUGUCGAGAACAUCAAGGUCACUCGCCUCGACUUCGAGAACGCGCUGACGGAGGUGAAGCCGGCGUUCGGCGCAGACGAAGAUCUCUUCGAGAGUUGCCUCCGUAACGGCAUCAUCUCCUACGGACCCGAGUUUGAUCACCUUCUCCAGACCUGCACCACGCUCGCCCAGCAGGUAAAGGACAGCGAAAACACGCAGGUGCUUUCCAUUCUGCUCCACGGCCCGCCAGGCUGCGGCAAAACUGCGCUGGCCGCUCACGUGGCGAAGGAGGCGCAGUUCCCCUUCAUGAAGCUCGUGACGCCAGACAACUUCGUCGGCUUCUCAGAGGCCGCGCGCACCAACUCCUUGUCCAGAACCUUCGAUGACGCCUACAAAAGCCCUCUUUCUCUGCUCAUGAUAGACAACAUUGAGAGACUCAUUGACUUCACUCCGAUCGGCCCGCGCUUCAGCAACGCCGUGCUUCAGGCGCUAGUCGUUCUCGUGAAGAAAAUGCCAGCGAAGGAAAAUCGGCGUCUCCUGAUUCUCGCCACGACAUCUGAGUUCGACUUUAUGAAGGAGGCCGGCGUAGCUAAGGCCUUCAACGUGUCGCUCCAAGUCCCGCUCGUGCGCGGCCCUCACCAAAUCCGGACAGUUCUGCACGCUCACUGUCGCGACCGCCACGUCUUCCCGCCCGAGGAAAUCGACAUGGUCUGCGAGUCCGGUAAAGUUCGCGAUGUGGGCAUCAAACAGCUGCUGCUUGUCACUGACAUGGCCAAGGAAUUCUCGAAACCCGGCCCCAUCAAAUGUGGUCCUUUUCUUCAAUGUUUCCACGACUGCGGCUGCGAGGAUGGCAUGGACCUGAUGUUUUGA